ACACCUUGAGCUUUCCCGUAUCGAGAAGAGUCAAGAUGACGGUGAUCAACGUUCUGCUUGCGUCUCUCACCCUUGCGUGUGCGUAUAUCACAGUUACACAAGCUGCGUACUACACGCAGGCUCCGCCGCCAGGCAGAUGGGGACCCUGGAGUAAAUGGUGUGAAUGCACUAAAAGGUGCCACGGGAAGAGGUGGCGUACUCGAGCUUGCUUGCCCUAUGGAUCUCGAUGRGCUUAUGGGAAAUCAAAGCAGAUUGAAAACUGCAGCAAAAACUGCCCUGUCAAUGGUGGCUAUGGCCCUUAUGGUGCAUACGGGCCUUGCAGUAAGUCAUGUGGAGGCGGAUACCAGACAUGCUACAGAAAAUGUAACAGGCCAAAACCACAGUACGGAGGGAAGUCCUGCCAAGGACCAGCAAGCAAGAGACGACGAUGCAAUGUCAGGAAAUGCCCAGUUAAUGGUGGCUAUGGCCCUUAUGGUGCAUACGGYCCUUGCAGUAAGUCAUGCGGAGGCGGAUACCAGACAUGCUACAGAAAAUGUAACAGGCCUAAACCACAGUACGGAGGGAAGCCCUGCAAAGGACCAGCAAGCAAGAGACGACGAUGCAAUGUCAGGAAAUGCCCAGCAUACGUUGGAUUUGAAAGACCAUUGUACAAGGUAAACGAAAAGGCUGGAAAGGUUGURAUCCGAAUUCGACGAAGUGGAGAUCUAUCCCGGAAGAUUGUUGCUCGGAUUUCGCUGCUACCAGGAGGUUCUGCUGGUAAAUCAGACCGUGGUCCAGUUGAUCGCAAUGUGGUAUUUCCAGCAAAAGUGAAAGUCCAGUCUGUAGUCAUCUCCAUUAAAAAUGAUAAAUUGGUUGAAAAAGCUGAAUUCUUCCGCAUUAAACUGUCCGGAAAAUCACCUGCUGUUUCAGCAAUKAAAUUUAAGAACACAAAAGUCAUCAUCAUCGAUAAUGAUGUCGUAAGAAUUGGAUUCCCUAAACCAGCUAGUCGAACUCUCKGAGAAAAUGUCAAGAAGUUCACAGUUAAGGUCACGAGAUCUGGAGCAUCCACACUCAAACAUUCUGUAAGUGUAAGGUCUGUUGAUGGAACUGCCACAAGUAAAGCACCAAAUGCAGAUUAUGUCAAAGUUAACCCUACUAAACUCURCUUUGGACCAAAAGACAGCUUCAAAACAGUUACUGUCACAAUAAUCGAUGAUAAAGUCGAUGAGAAACCAAACAUUGAGUUCUUCACACUUGUUCUCUCCCGCACCAACGACAAAAGGGUGGUGAUUGGUACAGGAAAGUUUACUGUCAGGAUCAAAGACAACGAUGUCAAUGGAAAAUGGAGCCCAUGGGGACGAUGGAGCAAGUGCACAAAGUCKUGUAAAUACGGAAGGCAAUCUCGUUCAAGAAAAUGUAACAAUCCCGCUCCAACACCAGGAGCUAAAGSCUGUAAAGGACCAUCAAAACAAUCCAGGAAAUGCAACCAAAACAAGCCAUGUCCAGUCAAUGGAAAGUGGGGCCCAUGGGGACCAUAUUCCAAGUGCUCAAAGUCAUGUAAGUCUGGAACGCAAUCUCGAUCAAGACAAUGUAACAAACCUAAACCAGCUCAUGGAGGAAAACCUUGCUCAGGACCAAAGAAACAAUCCAGGGAUUUCGCUGCUACCAGGAGGUUCUGCUGGUAAUUCAGACCGUGGUCCAGUUGAUCGCAAUGUGGUAUUUCCAGCAAAAGUGAAAGUCCAGUCUGUAGACAUAGACAUUAAAAACGAUAAACUUGUCGAAAAUGUUGAAUUCUUCCGCAUUAAACUAUCUGGAAAAUCGCCUGCUGUUUUUCCAGUUAAAUUUAAGAUCACCAAAGUUAUCAUUGUCGAUGAUGAUACAGUUGACGGCAAGUGGGGACCAUGGGGACCUUACAGCAAAUGCUCCAAGCCAUGUGGUGGUGGACAACAAACCAGGACGAGGAAAUGUAACAAACCUGCUCCAUCACGUGGUGGAAAGAAAUGCCCUGGAUCUGCCAAAAUGACAAAGAAGUGUAACACCAAGUGCUGCAAAGUGAACGGUGGAUUUGGACCAUGGUCGAAAUGGUCUGCCUGUGUGUGCAUGCCCUCCUCUUAUGGCCCACCUACACGUAAGCAAAAGAGAACCCGCAAGUGUAAUAAACCAAAACCAUCAUGCGGUGGUAAGAAGUGCCAUGGAAAAUACGUGGAAAUAAAGCCUUGCGGUAACGCAUACCUUCCACCUUGCAGUGCUGGAGUAGCAUUGUUUUGUUAUGUACACUGGAAGGAGAUUAAACGUGCGCAAUCUUCUCACCAUAUAUGUUCCUCUCAUUAUGCAGCCCCUGUCGACGGUGGGUGGAGUGCUUGGGGACCUUACUCCAAAUGCAGUGUGACCUGUGGACGUGGAGUCAAAACCUGCUUAAGAAAAUGUAACAACCCUGUUCCGGCUCACGGUGGCAAGGCGUGUCAGGGAUCAUCAACAAGAACCCAACCUUGUAAUACUGGUGUGAAGUGCCCUUCAGGCUGUUUGUACAAAGACAAGAGAUAUAGCGUCGGUCCAUUCAUAGAUGGCUGUAAAGCACGAUGCAACUGUGCCUCUAGUGGCCUGGUUUCCUGUGAGCCUAUCUGCCCAUCCUUGGUAUUAUGUACUGAAAACCAGUUCAAGAAAGACAAGAUAGUCCGUGUUAACGGAACAAAAUGCGACUGCUUUACGUCUUACUGUGUAGACAAACCCAAAGGUUGUUUGUACAAAGGCAAGAGGUAUAGCUUCGGUCCAUUCAUAGAUGGCUGUGAUUACCGAUGUUACUGUCAUGCCUCAAGGACUUCUCUACGUCAUACAGCUACGCUUCUUAGUCAACAACCCUUUGGCCGCAUCAUUUCCUGUGACCCUAUCUGCCCUGGUUUCAUUGAUGACGUAUGUGGUCUAAACCAGCUCCUGUUGUUUGUACAAAUACAAGAGGCAUAGCGUUGGUAAAUUCAUUCAUGGCUGUAAAGCACGAUGUAACUGUGCCUCUAGUGGCCUGGUUUCCUGUGUGCCUCUCUGCCCUCUUGUCUUUGUAAGAUGUGGUCGAAAACAAAUCAGGAAAAACAGGAAAAUUCUUGUUAAAGGAACAAAAUGCUACUGCACUAGACCUUACUGUGUCGACAAACCCAAAGGCUCGAAGUCUCGAUCGAAGUCAAGAUCGAAGUCUCGAUCAAAGUCAAGAUCGAAGUCUCGAUCAAAGUCAAGAUCGAAGUAUCGUUCCAAAUCAAAAUCAAGAUCAAAAUCAAGGUCUCGUUCAGGAUCAUACUAUGGAUAAAUGUAUGGAGGUGCGCCGCAACCGGAUUUCAAUAAUGGAAAAGAUAAAAUAAAUAAAGAUCAAAGGAGAUCGCAGUUACAGUAUUUAAUGUGAAAAUGCUUUAGAAAUACGAAAUAAACAGCUGGUGAAACUCUAGA